GCGUUGGAGGCGUCGGAGAAGAAGUUUGCUCAAGACUCGAAGAGUUCUGGGUGUUUUUGAGAAGAGCGACGACAAUGGCGUGGACGCGAAUCACACAGAGCGCAAGAGCAGUUCUACGAACAACAGAACCACCCUUUUCUGCUCUUAGCUUUCCUAGAUUCUACUCCAAACCCGCUUAUGCUGUGAAAGUAGGAAUUCCCGAGUUCUUGAGCGGGAUCGGGGGAGGAGUUGAGAACCAUGUGGCCAAACUCGAAACCGAGAUAGGCGACCUUAAUAAACUGCUUGCGACACGUACUCUCAAGCUCAAGAAAUUCGGGAUCCCUUGCAAACAUAGGAAGCUCAUACUCAAGUAUGCCCACAAAUACAGGCUAGGGCUGUGGAAACCUAGAGCAGACACUAUCAGAGCCUGAUCGAGUCGCCGCAUUGAACUGUGAGCGUCUUGCACGCAUGCUUGAUUUUGCUGCUGAAGCCAAGCUCGUACUCGUAUUACCGUUCUCGUAAUGCAUCGGGUAUUGGACGAGAUCUAGGUUUAGAAUGUUGGUUCUGUGACAAUGACUUCAAAUUUCAUUUUGGCAUAUUGUUUUCUUCCAAUAACAAAAACAAAAGUAUAUACAAAGACUAAAAAAUAUUUAAUGUCGCAGAUGAUAUA